UCAAUUUUUCUCCAGAUGGUUGAGAACUAAAUUCUACAGGUUUUUAGUCAUUUGAACUUUGAAGUCCUUGCCCACCAGUGAUGGAAGAAGUACAUUAAUUAAUAAUACUUGAGCGAUUCUGUCGGUUCAUUUCAUUUUGUUAUCAAUCAUUAGAAUGGCACAUGAUUUCUCGCCAGGAUUGAAUCCAUACACCUACCCAUAACUUAAAUCAAGAAUAUAUCAUGGAUGAAACCAUAUCGAAUGUGCACGACCUGAUAUAUCCCAGCCCUGUCACCUUGAAAGAAAUCUCAUCUAUCGUAGUUGUUGCGGAAUUAUGGCGUGAAGAAAUCUGCGCACACAUCGAAGGUGACCGUUUACAGAAUUUAUAUUUUUUAUAUUCGAGCGAAAAUAAGAAUAACAUUCGAUUGAAAACUGUGAUUCCCAAUUUGCCAUCUGUUAUUCACGAUUUCCUGCAAGAUUAUGUCGAGACAUUCAGAGUGUCAAUCUUCCGAUGGCUGCACUAUCAUCAGGAGAAUGUAUUCGCUUGCAGCGAGGGUGGUGUGAGGAGCAUUUUGAGCCGUUUCUAUGAUUUUUCAUGGGACUGGAAUGGCACCAUUCACUAUCCGCGCACAGCCAAACGUAUGAUGUUGUGCGAUCAAUUUACCGAAGAUGAGAAAUUCAAGAUCGCUUGUUUGUACUGCUUUGAAGACGAUAUCAAACAAAUUUGGCCAUUUAUCAGUGCGAAGAUGGAUUUGCAUUGUGUUGAUUUCCACGACUUUCCACAGUUGUUCUACUGGAUUUGCUUUCUUAGAAACGAACUCCACAAAGUACCCAAUCCACGUAAUUCAACUACAGCGGAGGAGAUGCUUUACGAAUGCGAAUCAAAAUCAAUUAACCAUUCGUUUGUGAAAUAUUUUUGGGAUCGCGUACCUUCUGAUAAACAGCCACAAAUAGUUAUAGAACGGUUUAAGAUUUGGUCGGAAUUAUUCUGUAGGUUUAUAUUACAAAAACUAAACCAACACCAGCUCGAGAUGUUUCUAACUGCGAAAGGUGCUGAUUUCAUAGGAUUUUUGUUGUGUUUUGAAAGCGCUUCGAUACGUUGUGCUUUUGGAUCUUGGAUGUACAUUCAAAAUGUAAUCAGCAGUAGUCAUUUCAUCAGUUAUGUCAACGAAUCACUUCGGUUAGAGGCUGUCACAGGUGAAUUGUUUUAUGCCUCGAAUAAAGCGUAUUUGUUCCGCGAGAUAUGGAAAAGUGCUCCGCAGCAUUUGAAACGAUCGGCAUUGGAAAAUGUACUGUCCAACAAUCCGUCGUAUCUUAGUGAAAAUAAGUUAGUCCACGAGCGUAAACCAGUGAAAUUUCUCAUCGCUCUACUGCAGGAUGCUACUGUCGAAGAGAGAAACAAUUUUUGGCGUGAAAAUUGGCGUAAUUUGAUCAGCGAAUGCGGUGCGGAUAACGAUGAUUUUUUGCAAGUGGUGAAAUUGUGCUUACGAACAGAAAACGAAAUUGCAACGAUGGCGAGAUAUGAAAAUAUCGCCGAUUACUGCGUCGAGUUGCUGGAACUGGGAUUGUUUAAAAAAUUAAACGACUGUUUGUCUGUUUUCUGCUCCGAUGUGCGCAAAAUAAACGAGUUGAAACGGCGAUUAUUGUGGUCGAAUUAUGUCGGCAAAAAUUCUGUAGUGAAGAUGAUGAUAUUUAGAAACAUCGACUCGCUGAGUGAGUUCGUCAACGAUGCUUUUCAAGAUGCUGCUGAUCUCGGCGUCGAAUUUAAACGCCAAUUCGCAUCAUCACCUGUAACCCAAGACUGUUUAUUGAAAUGGAUUUUCCAGUACGAUGCCGUUUACGCGAAGAAGUUUGUCGGCAGUUUGUUUUCAGAUGGACAAGUAGUAGUGCCUGUGAAAAAACUCUUAUUUGAACGUUUCAAAGAGAGUCUGAUUAAUGGUAAUUUUUCUUACAAGUAUAGCGAAUAUGUGCAAAAAAAUCUUAUUUGGUUGUUGGGUAGCGCAGGGGAAGUUAUCAAAUUCAAGCAAUCGAUAUGAGUUGAGGAUAUUUCUCUCAAUAUGUUGCCAGCUCAGCUGAGAAGAUUGGUAACAGGAGAAGUUGAUAAUAACGAUGAUGAUUUCAAACCCGAAUUUCCCGAGAUGCUGGAUUAUUUUUUAACGUGGUAUUUUAACGAAAAUAAAGGAGAAAUUGAUAAGUUCAUAAAGCAAUUUUUUGGUGAAACGGUGUCGUUCGCUCCUAGAAGUAAGGAAACAUAUUAACGAAUGGUGUAGCUUAUGGUCUAAUAUUUCGAAUCUGAAGUUAGUCUUAUCUACUUAGGUACACAAUUCAGCUUGUCAAAAUAUAAUUAAUACGUAUCGUUUAUCUGUUUUGUGGUUUUAUUCUUACUACAUUGGUGAUGUUAUUAUGAAUUGUGGUAAGAUAUUGAUUAUCAAGUAGUAGAUAUACCUAAUAAUCGAUUGUAUCACUUUAAUAAUGUUCUUUUUACCUAUUAAAAUAAUGGUAACUAUAAUUCAA